UGAGAAUCUCAUAUAGGACAAGUUUCAAGUAAGAAUUAUUAAUAGGGACUUGAAACACCGAGAAACACCGCGCCGAGUGUUCCUAAGUGUGUCCCUCAAUCAACCACAAAGAUCGUCUUUUUAUAAAGUUCUAAUUAACCAUAAAGACCACACUGGUGAAUUUAUUAUAGCGCAAGUGCGCAAUGAAGCACACGAGUUUCUAUACAUAGAAUUGCAAAAAAAACCAGCACUAUUCUUCCUAGAGAGUUUUUUUUCCUACCGAGGAAGAAAAUGGGUUAUUUUUUCACGACACUAAGCAAGAGCGAAUUAAUAGUCUUGUCGUUUUGAAGAUGAAGCUGCUAUUUCAUACCACGUUCUUCAGGAUUAAUAUUAAAAGCGGAAAAAAUUGUUCCUAUCGACUGAAAUCUAAUUUGUAUCUGCCAUACUCGAUUUUCCGCCGAAAUAUCUAAAAACAUGUUGUUAAAUAGCGUUUGCUCAUCGAUCGGGCUCGCAAUGGUAUUCCUUUUCGUGAUACUCUUUACCUUCGGUAUGAGCGAGUCCCUGAAGUAUCGAGCAAAGUUCGUUUUCUACAUACUGGCAAGUGCUGUAGCUGCGGGAAUGUGGAUACCUUUGAUGUUGUUCCGCAUAAGAAGCUAUAAGAACGCGAUCUUGCCAGCCUAUGGGGCGGUGAUAAUAAGGAAGAUGCUUGGAAUCAACUACCAGUUGCGCGGAAAAGAAAACAUUGUCAAAGACACAGGCUGCGUUGUGCUUCUCAAUCAUCAGAGCUCCUUGGAUCUUAGUGUUUUAGCUGAGUUAUGGUUGAUAAUGGAUCACUGCUCCGUCAUCGCCAAAAAAGAGGUCAUGUAUUUAGGAGUAUUCGGCCUAUCGAGUUGGCUUUGGGGAACGGUGUUCAUCAACCGGAGAAAUGUCGAGGAGUCUCAUCAGAUUCUUAACGCCACGGUGGAAUCGAUCCGCUCGGCAAAGCGAAGGCUUCUUCUGUUUCCUGAGGGAUCCCGGCAUUCGAACAAAACGUUGCUUCCUUUCAAAAAAGGCGCUUUCCAUGUCGCGAUCGACUCGCAAAUGCCAAUUCAGCCUGUUGUCGUGUCGAAGUAUUAUUUCUUGAAUGACAAACGUAAGCAAUUCCAUUCAGGAAAUAGUUACAUCACGAUUUUACCUCCUAUUCCUACCGCGGGUAUGACCAAGGACGAUCUUCCAAAGCUGAUGGAGCAGGUGUACGCAAUCAUGAACAAAACCUUCGUGGAAUCCACACACGAAUGCCUCGCGGAUCACAUAGGAAGCCUGAAGGAAGAGUGAUAUUAUAAGAGCAACAUGAAGUGAUUAGCGCUGUGAGCACAAUUAAACAAAUUUGUGACAGGCUAAUUCACAAAUAGUACCUGGGAUAAAUAUUUUAUCGCGUUCUCAAGUGUCUUCGCGAAAACUGAAACUUACACGGAGAGAAUAUUAUAGUCUCUUUUUUCAAUAUAAAUUCUUUUCUAUUUUACUAUGUUUUUAGUCCAGAAAUAAAUUUUUUUCUAUUUUACUAUGUUUUUAGUCCAGGAAUAAAACGCCAGUAAAAUCUAUGUUGCUAAGGAACAUAGUAAAUUUCGCUAGAAACAUAGCAAUAUUCCAGUUCUUAAAAUAUAAGUAACACAUAUAAAAUGAAAGGAUAGUAAAUUAUUGCAGAAUGUCGAUCUAUUCCUCGGAUAAAAUUCUAUAGCAAUUUUUACUAUAAAAUUCUGCCCGUGUACGUAUGUGUUAUAUCCCUUUUUUCUUACACGAUGUAUAUGUAAAAGACACAGAUUUCAAAAUCGUUAUUUAAAAUUUUUGUAUUUCUCGCGAUGAAUUGACGAUAAUUAUUUUGCUCGACAUUGUUGUAUAACUACGAUCUAAUCCAGAGAUAAUAUAAUGUCUAAAAGACAUCUUACAGAUGUCUAAAAGACAUUUUAUUUGUUUUAGGUUUCUUUUGGAUGCCUUUAAGAUAUUUAUACUGUGUGAGAAGUUUGAGAUAUUUCACGUUGAUUAGUGUUCUUCCAUUACUCUAUGUAAAAGUUUAUCCUGGAGGAUCAGAAGGAUCUGUGAGAAAGCUCAAAUAAUAUUUUUACUAAAAAUACAAUUUGUACUUUUCAUAUCUUGCGGUAAUAUGCAAAUUGUUAAUCAAAAAGUUUUGUCUCUGCAUAAUAUGCAGCGAGUAUUUUGUAAUGUAUACGGAAAAUAACGAAUUUAAAACUCUUCCAUGUUUUGUGUAUCUCAAUAGCAAAAAUUUGUUUUUAUUGUUAUUAUGUUUAUUGUUAUUAUGUUUAUUGUUAUUGUGUGUCACGCUAACAUCGAAUAGCCGUUAUCAAUGUUCGCAAUAUUCUCCAUGAAUUAUAUUUUUACCGUAACGAGAUGAGACGUGCAGAAAUAAAUAACGUCUGUUAAACAUAUUUUCUCAUAGAUAUUAUUUAAUUUUUUUUUGUUUACGUUGGAAUUUGUGUAGUUUCACGCAUCGAGGCUCACAUGUGAUAUUUUUCAAAACCUGCCUGCCAAUGUGUCCACAAAUUACGAUUAUGCGUAUUAAUUGCUUUAGUAUACAUUUUUCAGAAUAUUAAAUUAACCAAUUAGAUAAUUCGUUCAAGAAGAAAAAAUUCGAUAUGAAAAAAAAUAAUAUGUAAUGAUAUAUCUAUACUUCUUUUUACACAAUCUUACAUCCUUCUCGCGUGCACACAUUCGCAAUAUGUUUAUAUUUUUCAGAACACGGUCACACAUUACAUAAAACGUUACCUAAGAAAUCCGAACCGUUGUAAAAAUGCGAUUUAUAUGUAUAUUAUACAUGAUAUGUCCACGUAUGUGUUAUAUAUAUUAAAAAAUAAGGUUAUGGUAUAUAAUAAAUUAUAUUUUAUAUUA